UGCUGAGCUGGUGACACCCGCGGGACAUCAUGCCCGUACUCGGGUGUCCCCCCUCGGUGCCGCCCCGGUGCCGCGGCGGCGGGGGCGCUGCGGUGACGCCCCCGUGCCGCCCCCAGCCCCACUUUGGCAAGCUGAUGAAGCGCAAGUGGCUGACGAGCUCGGACGCCUUCGACGCCAUCGUCAUGCUCGUCACCGGCUUCGCGCAGACCCUGCGGCCGCUGCACCCCGAGCCACACCAGGUGCUGGUCAGCGAGCUGCACCGCCGCGUGCUCAUCGAGUACGUGCGGCCGCUGCUGCAGGGACGCCUGGUGUGCGCCUCGGCCAAGGCGCGCGCCCGCGUGGCCGCCCGCCUGGGCGACGAGGCCCGGCAGCUCCGCGAGCUCUUCACGCGCCUGGACUCGGCGUCGCCCUGGCUGGACUCGGUGGUGCCGCGGCUGCGGGAGCUGCUGGUGCUGGAGGACACGGCCGCCCUGCAGAUGGAGGUCGGAGCCCUGGCCAGGGACUUCCCCGACGUCCGCCGCAGACACGUGGCCGCGCUGCUGGACGCUCGGGGUCUGCGUGCUCAGGGCCCUCGGCGGGAGAUCCUGGGGGUGCUGCAGGAUUUGGGGGGCUCGGAGGCCGAGGCGGGGCCCCCCCCCCGUUCUCGAACCUUCUUCUCGGAGCUGCCGGCGCCGCGCCCCGUGCGCUGCCUCCCGUUCCAGCUGCCCCGGCUGCGCCUCCCGCGCCGCAGCCCCGCCCGGACCCCCCCGUGACCCCCGGGGGGCUGGGGGCACCCCGGCACCGGGACACCCCAAAGCUGGCCGUGCUCCCCCCUCCCAGUUCGCCCCAGUUCGUCCCAGUUCAUCCCAGUUCAUCCUGAUGUAUAAAUGACGCUGUAAAUUAAUUAACGGCGGUGGCGUCGUCCUUGGG